AUGGUUUCACUAUCGGAUUUGAAACACGUUAGUGACUUAUUUCCCAAUGCUCAAGUUGCAUACAUAUCACCAAGCACGACUGGUUCAUUACAUUAUCUAAACAUUCGCGUCACCGAACGUCUUCAUCGUUAUCGACUACUAAAACGGCAAUGGAAUGAUCUACAGUUGACAAAUUCAACUUCGGAUAGUCGUUCAUCUAUUCCAGAACAAAAGGAACAUGUUAUUCCACCCACGCGAAUUCUAGCAAAGAAUUCUAUCAAACUUGAACCAUUACGUUCACAAAUUCAACACGACUUAUUACAAUUGCGAAAGAUAGUUCGAAUAAAACAGAAAAAAUCGCGCGAUAUUUCGCAUAGGAGACCCCUGAUAGCCAAUCAGCAAACUACCAUUAUAAACAUUCCUGAGAACAAUGGAAAUGAUUAUCUCCGUACGAUUGUGCAUCGAAAGUCAUCGGUAUUUAAUCGAAUGCAACUCUUCGAUCCACGGACGCGAUCAUCCAUAUUUCCACAGAAUAAUCUCACUGAUAGUGGUAUAAUCACAAUCAAUAAUUCAUCAAACAGUUGCGUAUUCAGUUUGAAUCGAACACAAAAAAUCAAGCAAGAAAUUCAUAGUCAAGCGUUCAAUAUCUGUGGUUAUCGUGUCAAUCCAUCUCCGCCUUCGGACUAUUCUACACCAAAUAAAACUUCAUUAAAUAUUCAUUUGAAAUCUUCACAAAAUAUCAAUUCAAAACAACCAGCUCAAACACUACGAAUGAAAGAGAAAAAAAACAAAUCCGAAACUUUCUCUCGGUUGAGUUGUUUAUCGUCCGAUAGUGACGAAGCGCUUACAAGUAAUUAUGCAUACGCAACGUCAACUUCCUCUUCUACGCCGCAGUCCAUGAAGCUCAAUCGAAACGUCUCACUGUUACCCAUCCUCCUCGGCACUCAAAGCGUGGAUCCUGCAUCGAUAAGAAAAUUCUCGAAUCAUCCAACAAAACCGAUUAUACCGCUUCAUUCACAGGACGCCGAUCACGGUUACGCAAUGCUCUCGUCUCAACUAGAUCGUCUGCGCAUCACAAUGCCUAAUACAGAUGUUUACAAUGAUUACACACGAAUUUGUUGA